AGUACCUUGCCAACUACGAAGUGCUGCGUGUACAAGCAGCUCCGUUCCAUAUUAAAAUUUUAUUUGUUUCUUGUUCUUUAUUUUAUAUAAUUUUUGUCGUGUAUUUUUUUUUUGUCCUCUAAUUUAUUUUAUAAUUAAAAUUUUUGAUAUUUUUUUUUUAUCAAAAACUUAUUAGAAUUUUUAUUAGUUUGAAUUAUUAAAAAAAAAUAAUAAUAGUCAUCAGCAUGGAUUCAAACUUGAUUGCUGUGUUUUAUUUUAAUUGUUGCAACCGUGGACUUACACGAUGCCGUCAACAUCAAUGCAUUUUGUGAAGUGGACUUUUCCAACAUUAGCCAUAAUACUUGGACUUUUUUGGUACAGACGUCGACGCGCGGACCGAGUUGAUCCCGGUGGGAAAUCCAAAUCGGAUAGCGAAAUAAAAGCAAAUAAUAAUAUAAAUAAAACGAAAAAAAUUGAAUGCGAUUCUGGCAUCAAUACAGACGAUUCAUUUUCAUUUAGUGCAUCAUCAUCAUCAUCACCUCCAACUAUUGAUAUUUGCUCACCAAGAAAAGUUAGCAGUAGUUUAGAUAUACCUGGAAGAAAGCCAUCAGUGACAUUGCCUAUUUCAAUGAAAUCAGUUAAAUCAAUUGAAGAACGUAUACCCUGGUACGACGACGACGAAGAAGAAGAAGAAGACGAAGAAGAAAUUGUCGAGGAAACACGUAAAAUUAAAUUAGGUAGUAAUCCAAGAUCAAGUUGUUUCGAAAUGAUGUCAAAUAAUAGAUCAUUCUUUGAUAAAACACAAAUUGAAAGUGAAAUUAAACUACCGAAAAUAUGUGACAAUGUUAUUGAAGAAGAUAAAAUAACUGAGGAUCGUUUAAACAAAGAGGUUUCUGUUAAAGAAGAAAUGAAAAAUACAAGUGUGCCUGAUAAUUGUAACAAGUCUGGUGAUAAUAUCGUGAACAAUGAAACAAAAGGUCAAACACUUUGCGAAAGAGAUUCCGCGAAUCAUAGUCCUCUGUCUGCUGUUUUAGAUGGAAGUCUCACUGAUGAAGCAAGAAGCGAAGGAAGUACAGACAGUGGAAAAGGCGGAAGUAUAAAAGGACCAACAAACAUUAAUAUUCGUACGAGUUAUGAUUUUGCUGUGCCACUAAAUUUGGUUGGAAAAUUGAUUGGUCAGAAAGGAAGUUUUCUUCAAAAUAUUCGACUUAAGACAGAUGUUAGAAUUUCCGUGAAGCGUUUUACAAAUAUGAAAAAUCAUAAAUUAUGUGUCAUAGAAGGUUCUCCAGAGGGAAUUAAUUUAGCGUUAAGUCUGAUAAGACAAAAAUUCCCUGAGAAGAAAUAUCCUCAAUUCACUUUAGAUCAGUUGUCAGUUCCAAAAACACAAGAGGAGACACCAUGGAUUUCUGAAUUGAUGCAUUUAUCAUUAGUCGAAGGUGUCAAUAAUGAUGUGUUGGUGUGUUAUAUAGUCAAGCCAAAUCGUCUUUUUAUACAAAUUCCUACACAUCCAACAUAUCCAAUGCUUAGGACUUUAGAUGAAAACAUAACGCAGUUAUAUGAAACAACAGAAUCACCUCCAGUUCCUGAUGAACUUUGUCGAGGUAUGAUUUUUGUAGCAAAAUUAUACAAUAGGUGGAUGAGAGUCUACGUAGAGAAUCCAGAUCCAAAAGGAGAACAACAUUUAGUUCGUCUUGUUGAUCAUGGCGGUUACUGGACACUUAGCAGUGCCGAUAUGAGAAAAAUAAGAUCUGAUUAUCUCGCUUUACCAUUUCAAGCCAUUGAAGUAUUUAUAGCAAAUGUUCGACCAGUUAAUGGUGUAUGGCAACAGGAGGCAUUCGAUUUAGUGUCUCAAAUAUGCAGCGGAAUAGUUGGUCAAGCACAAAUUGAAGGAUAUGUCGACUCUCAUACGUACGUGAGUCUAUAUCUUAAUAUUCAAAAACAUGGUGUUAUCUCUCUAGCUGACGAAUUAAUAGCUCGAGGUUACGCGGAACCAUCAACGUUAGAAGAAGUAAUAGAGGAAACAGAAGUACCAUAUAUGUGAAGAAGAAGAAAAAGAAAUAAUUUGCGUAAUUCCGGUUAUUAAUCCGACGUAUGGGUAUAGUCGAAAAUUAGAUAUAUAAGUCGAUUAUGAAUGCGUGGCUGUGUGAAGAAAUGUUGCGUGCAUAUUUUUUAAGUUAUCUUUAAGAUCUCUGAAGGUAUAUGAUUAUCAAUAGUCAACAAAUUGGUCUGUGCUCUAUAUACAUAUAUAUAUAUAUAUAUACACAAACACAUGCUGCCAGUUUAAGAGUCUGAUUUUCUAAUUUAUUUACAAUCAUUUUUUUUUUCAUUUUUAACACUUUGAUACUAUUUAAUAAAAGAAAAGUCCGAUACAAUUAAUACUAAACUAGAUUAUUGCUCACAGUUGCAUUUAAGUCUGAGUGUAAAUAAUUUACACAUUUUUUUGUUUGCAUUUUAAAAACAGCAUUAUUAUUAAAGAUGAAUUUUUUUUCACAAUUUCUAAACAAUGUAUUCUUAAUAUCAAAGAGACUUGUAUUUUCAGUACUUACAAUAUUUAUACUCUACGAUAUUGUUAAAUAUUAAUGGAAUACUUUUAUUUGUUCAUUUGCCUUUUUUACAAAUAUUUUACUGAACUUUUUUUCAACAAAUUUUUUGCAAUAGUGCCCAAUAAUAAUAAUAAGAAUAAUAAUAGUAACAUUAAUAAUAAUAUUCAAUAAUGAUUUUUCAUUAUUGAUGAAAAUAUAAUAUAAUAACUGGCAGGUUAAGAUUUUUGAGAGCUCUUCCUGUAAAUAAUAUUGUAUACCUUCAUUUAUAAUAGUAUAUUUAUAACAAUGUACCUAAAAUAAUUGUUAUAUCCCGCAAAUGCUAGCUAAUUUCACAUGUUAAUAGUAAAACAUAAGUGUAGUUUAUUUAUACGUUUUACACUUUAUCGAGUAAAAAAAAAAAAGAAGAUAAAGAAAAUGCUUUACGAGGACGCUUCACGAAUCGGGAAAUUCGCGUCGAAUAUAUACCGCAGCAUAUAUAUAUUAUAUAGUUUGGGACUUUAGCUUGUAAUACCAAGUAAAUAAUUACCUGAAAAACAUUCUUUCGGGGUAAACUUGAUUUCGUGGCCUAGAAGCUGGGGAUCGAUUUCAAUUUUGUAUGCUAUGAUAUACAUAAUAAUGUGCUACUUGCAUUAAAAAAGAAUAUCUUUUUUUCUAUCUAUUUGGAUAAAAUAAAUUUAUUAUUUUUUUUCUAAAUUUUUUCGUGAAAUUUUCAAAUUCUACGAACAAUAUUUCAUUGCGCUUUUUUUUUGAUAAAUAAAUUGAUGUAUUUAAUUUUGUUUAAAAAAAAUUGUUUUCUUUAUCAUUAAUCAUUUAUUUUUAUAAAAGAGAAAGUUUGUCAAAAUUAUUUUAGUAUGUAGAUCAUAAGUGCAUGAAAUUUUGUCUGUUUUUCUUUUUAAACCUUUAAGUAUAUACAUAUAUAUUAUAUUAAGAUUUCAUUUAAAAUAAUAUGUUUAAUUAAACGUGCUUAUGUUAUUUACAUUAUAAUUAAACGUUUUGUUAUGUGCGAGUAGCGAGCAGUAAAAAAGAAACAAAAAAAAAUAAAAUAAAAAUAAAAAACAUUUGAAAAAAAAUGGAACGACAAUUAUAGAUUUUGUACGGCAUUUGUCAGGAGAACUUUUCAUAUAAUAACAUGUUAAAACUUUAUACUUCAUAUUGUUGACAUGAGCAUAUAUAGUAAAAAUAUUUUUCUAGAAAAGAUUCUCAAUAAAUAAUCAUUCAAUGACGAAAAGUUACAUUUAGACUAUGGCUCAGUUUUUAAUGUAUAAAAAAAAUAUAUCACUAAAGACAAUGUUGUAUGUAAGAAUUUAAUUUUUUUUUUAUAUAAAAUGUACAAGAAAAACGUUUGGCGGAAAUCUUGAAUCAAUUUUAUUCAUUUUUUGUAAUUGUAAUCACAUAAUUAUAAUAACGACUAUUAUCCCCAGCUAUUAAUUAGCGUGGUUUUCAUCUGAGAAUGUAAACAAAGGAAAAUUUUGUAUGUAUAUAUAUUUCAAUGUAACUUCUUCGGCGUUUUCAUUAAAUUUACAAAAAUUUUAAUUGAA